UAAAUAUAUUCAACUUGAAAUUUCGCCUCAGGAUCCAAAAUCAAAUUUUUGACGUUGCGUGUCGGUUGGUGCAAACGUUAAUAAAGUUCAUUUUGCCUAGAGGGUCGGAUUGGCAUAAAUAGAAGAAACAAGAUACGCAACUAUUGCCUUUAAAUUGGACGUAUUUGUAUUUGGAGAAUACGUUAUUAUGGAAGAUAUAUAUUGUCAGAAUGUCAGAUCAUUUGGGGCAUUUAGUUAAGUUAUAUCGGUUUAAAGUUACACGAGAUAGCUAAGUUUUUAAUCUAGUUUUUAACUUUUUAAAUUUAAAUUUGUUACAUUGCUGUUAAGUUAGCAAGUUUAAGAAUACACAGGGUUAACUGGACUUGUUUAAAAUGUUGCUAAAAGCUCUCGCAGUAUUUUCUUUGCUGUUGUCAUUAGGUUCUUGUGACCACCCUGGGGUUCGUGUCAAAGGAGACUCGGCUUUGUAUAACUUCGUGAAAGACCAAAUCGUCAGCUAUGUGGAAAGCAACGCCAGACUAAACUUUAGCGAUGUUCAACACUGUUACAAUGUUGGAUCAGACACUUAUACGUACGCCCUUACCAACAUUACUGUAUCAUCGAUUGGAAUAAGCCAGUCCGGGUUGUACGGCAUCUCACCAAACAUCGUUUCAUUUUAUUCCAGUUCAUUAACUCUUAAUCUACAAGGAACAUACGUGGUUUUCUCAUGCACCAGCCUUGUGUCCACCGGAAGCCUAUCUGUUACCUUCGGAUCGAUCAAUAUGGCAGAGUGGGUGAGACUGAACAACGUUAAUGGUGUUUUUGUGGCGUCAACUGUACUUUGUAAUGUACAACCAACCGGGCAACCUAUUAUUAAUGCAAUCACACCAACUUUAUCAGCGAGUCAUACAAGCAAUCUUAAAACGAUGAUUGCAAGUGAUUUAAAACAAGCUAUUCCUUCUGUAGUUUGCAACGGAACCGAUGCCUUCUUAAUAGGAAACGUCAACAGGUUCAUUGCAACAAGCAUUGCUGCCGGCUUACCGUUAUCCACAACUAUAAGUGUUGACAUAUCAGCGUAUGGCCCUCCUUCGGUAACCUAUGGAAGUCUACAGAUUGGUUUGAAUGGAAAAUGCUACCCAGUGAAUGAUCCAGGAGUAAAUUACACGUUUCAAAGAACACCGCUUCCCAAUUUUACAAAUUCAAACGGAAUGCUUAAAAUGAUGGUUGGCGAAUACGCUACAAAUACUUUGCUACAUUCCAUGUACGAUAACGGGUUGCUGGCUCUUUCUCCACGGCAGAUUUUAAUCACUCUCGGAACAUCGGUUAACACAGCAAUACUGAGCAUUUUUAUUCCAGGAUUUCUUAACUAUGGAACUAAGCCCAUGCUCUUUAUGCUAUCCGUGCUAAACCCCCCAAAUGUAACAAUUGCCGAAUCGGACGUCGCAAUUGCAGGAAUACUUGAGUUAACGAUGCUGGUGAACAACACAGGGACGCUGGAAGCAGCUCUCGUUAUAGACGCUGAUUCGAUCCUUCAUGGAACUGCGUCGGCAUCGGGCACCACUGUUCACGCACAGAUCACUUCAGUUGAAUACACUCUAAGCAUUCAAAGAAGCACAGUUGGUUCAGUUAACUUGCCUGGGUUUAAGGCAUUGCUGAAUAUAGUUGUUCAAAACCAACUUAUACCGACAUUAAACAGUGUGAUCUUUACUGGUUUUGAGAUCCCACCGAUUUACGGGCUCCGUUACACCAAUCUUGAAAUUUCGAUGCUCCAGGGGGCUAUGGAAAUAUCUGGGAAUGUGGAAGGUGCUUUCGAGAACUAGAACAUCGAUGGUUAGGCGUGGUGACAUACGUAUACUAUCGACGCUUUACAAUACAAUAAUAAAUGAUUAACCUUAAUACUG